ACUUGGCGGCCAUAUUGAAUAUUAUCUGUUGACAGUUGUGUGUAAAGGAAGCUCAAAGAUUUUGUUUUAGCUAACUUAGUUUGCAAACGGAGGUCUGUUGGGCGUUUCGGAUGACUUAGGACGUAUGUCCUAAAGCUUUAACGGUUGCAUUUAAACCAAGUCAUGGAUGAAGAUGAACGUCGGAGGAAACUAGAAGCUGGGAAAGCUAAGCUUGCUAGCUACAGACAGAAGCGGGCGAAAAGCAACGGUGCGGGGGCGACGAAAAAGACGCAGAAGAGGAAGGGCCAGACUGUCACGCAGAAUGACAGCUCGCCGCAAGACCCCAACGUAGAACCUGCUCUUCCAUCAGCCAGCGCCACAGAGCUGAACCGCAAGGCCAACAAUGAGGAAACUGAAAAGCUAGAGAAAUCCGAGGUUCAGCAAAAUGAAGGACAGAAGGAUGAGCCCCCCACCAGGGAGCAGAGUCCAUCUCCUGUGGAAGACCUGAAAGAAGAAGAGUUGGCUGCACUGACUGGGAAAGAGCAACUCCAGCAACUACAACAGGCUGUGGAGAAGCGUAAUGAAAUAAUUGCCAAAUUAAGCUCCAACCUGCAAGAGGCCCUGGCAAGCAGAGACCAGGUACAGCUGGAGGCACAGUCACUUGCUGUGCAGAUUCAAGCGCUGCAGAGACAGCUCCAGCAGACCAGUGUAGAGUUUCUACGAAUCAAAAGUCAAUCGGGGCCUGAGGUCCUUAACAUUCCUCGGCAGCUGUCUCACCAUGGCCAUUCCUCCCAAGAUGCUAACCUCAAUCAAAAGGAGACACCAUCAGAAGGAUCAGGAGAUGCAAGCCCUGGUCCACAGUCAUGUGCUGAGGAUUUCAGCACUGGAAGUGACUGUGAGACAGAGACUGUUCUACAGAAGCUGAGGGCUGAGCUAGAGGAGGAAAAGAAGAACAGCCAGCGCAUUUGUGCCGAACUAGCAGAGGAGAUGGAGAAAAACCAACGUGUGCUUUCUUUGCUGGAGAAGGAGACGCAAAAGAAUGAAGAGGAGCGAAAAGAUAGGGAGGCGCAGCUUCAAAACCUCCAAACCCAGUUAAGCCAAGUCCAAACUCAGUGCCUUGAAUUGCAGCAGUACAAAGAGGAGAAGGAGAAGCUAAACAGAGAGGUGCUGGAGCUGAAGAAAAGGCUUCAGGAUGAAGAAGAUUCAGAGAGGAAGUUUAGUGAGGAAGUUGCUAGCUUUAACCUUCGUCUCCAGAAUCUUGAGGGUGAAAGACUGAGACAAGAGGAGGAAAUGAAGAGGCUUAAAGAAGCGCACAGAGAGGAGGUUGAACAAGUCAGGCAGCUGUUGGAUGAAAGAGAGAAAGAACUUAAGUUUAGAGAGGAGGAGGUCAUAGGACUCAAAGCUUCUAAGAAUCGGCAGAACCAAGCAAAAGCUGGUUUUAGCUGUGCUGACAGGAUUAGUAUAGAAGAGCCGGAUCUGGAAAGUGGACCUGAUCUGGACAAUAUGAAUACAUCGGUACCUAGCGAUAUUCUGAUGGAGCGCUACUUGUCUUCAGCUCCCACUGCACACUCACAGUCCUCACUGGUAAAUGAAAGCUUUGAACAGCAUAGUCAGCUGGACAUUUCUGCGGACUUGAGUUUUGAGCUAAACAGUGAAGUGUUUGGAGAUCAGCCUCUGUUGUCAAUUUCAAUCCGUCCUCCUGAAGAACAUGACAGCGUCCAAAACACCUCUGACUCGCAGCACUUUGUCCCUGUGGCUGAAGGUUCCCAUCCUCAGUCUGUGUCUCAGUUGGUUCACAACUCCACUUGUGGUGAGCUGGAGAUGAGCAAAAUGUCUGAGCAGUACUUUGAGGAGACAGACUUGGAAAAGGAGCUGCUAAAUCAGCAGUGUGGGGAGCUUCGUGAGGAGCUGGCUCUUAAGGACAGAGACUUGAAUGUGUUAAGGGAGGAAGUCAUCAAGAGUGCAGAAGAGCUGGAGGAAGCAAGGAGCAGGUGGGCCCAAGUUACAGAAGAGCUCAAGGAAGCUCUCUGGGAACUUGAAGAGGAAAAGGAGAAGAGGAGACAUGUUGAGGAGGAGAUGAACUUGAAAGCCAAUGAACAAGACAACCUGAAGAACAAACUUAGUGCCUUAUUCGAAGAAAGAGAAAAGGAGAAUGUAGUAAUGUUGACAGAAGAGGAAGCUGAAAUCACUACUGAAACCUCCCUACUCGUUCCUGCUACCUUAUCUUCAGAAGAGGAGGAUAAAGUCGUAGGGGAGCUAAAGAAGGAGCAGGAGAAAAAGGCUGCGCUCUCGUCUCAUCAAAAACAGCAGGAGCUGCUGGUAUCGUCUCUACAGGAGAUAAAACAGACUGCAGUCUCUGUCAAAGAAAGCCCGAAACUCCGAGAUGAAAGCCAGCUUCAAAAGCUACAGGCCUAUUGUGAGCUGCUCAUGUCAGAGCUAGAGGAGACAAAAAUGGAGCAUAAGACCACAACAACCUUAUUAAAUGAAAGGACCAUGGAGCUCGACACAGUAUUAAAAGAGCUUGAAACGACACGUGUGCAGAUUCUCAACGUCCAAACAGAAGUGGAGAGGCUGCAGAAAGAACUCCGAAAGAGCCAAGACAGUUUUGACUUUGCUGAAAAAGAGAAGAAUGAACUGGAAUCCCAGAUCUCCUGUCUGAGACAAAACCUGGCCUGUUUGGAGGAGGUCCAGGUUCAGUCUGUGCAGGAGAGGGAGGAGCACAGGAGAAAAGAAGAAGAGAUGGAUGAACGGAUUAAAAAAAUGGAACAAGUCCUAGAGGAGGAACUUGAGCAGUUUGAGAAUAUGCUGAAAGCCAAGGAUGUUGAGAUGGCUGAAGAGAAGGAGAAAUGGGAGGAAGAGAGACAGGAGAAGGAGAAAGAGUUCCAUGAUGUGACCCAUCUUUUGAAGAAGAAAGAAGAGGAGGUAAAGGCCCUCACGGAGAAGCAGGAGUUGGCUUUGAAGGAGGCUACAGAGAAGCUCAAGGCGUCGCAUCAGCAAGAGAUAAAAGACCUGAUGGAGAAACAUGAACAAGAGAUUUUGGAGUCGAACACUCACCUGGAGACGGAGCUGCUGAAGCAACAGGCCAGCAUGGAGGAGGAACAGAAGCGACAGAUCAGCCUAAUCAAACAGGUAACUGAACGUGAGCAUGAGAGAAUGGUGUCAGCGCUGAAUGCCAAACACAGUGAGGAGAUCAGUCAGCUGAGAACAGAGGUGACUUUGGAGCUGAGGGAGAGCAUGGAGGCUGCCCACCAGGCUGAACUUCAGCAGGCACAGGCUCAAAAGACUGUUGAGCUUGAAGCCUUGCGUCUGAGCCUGAGCACGGUCCACUUGUCCCAGCUGGAGCACUCCCAGGUAAACUUGCAGCAGGAGCAGGAGUCUGCUCUCAUCAAGGUCCAGGCCUCCAUGAGGGAGACGUUUGCCCGGGAAAGUGCACUCCUGCAGGCCCGCCAUCAGUCUGAGCUCAACCAGAUCGAACAGCAGAACCAGGAGCAGCAGGAGAGACUGCGUGAGGUCCACCAACAAGACAUGGAUGAGUUGAAGAAGGAGUGGGAGGCUCGUGUUGCUCAAGAGGCAGCUUCAAUGGAGGAAAAGCAGGCCAAAGAAGUUCAGGUGCUGAGGACACAAUGGGAGAAAGAGGCUGAGACCACACGGGCUAACUUUCAAACGUCUCUCUCGGAAAUCCAGAACAACGUCACGGCCACCCAGACAGAACUCUCCAGCACUCGGGAGUCCCUCAGAGAGACCAACAAAGCUCUAACUGAAGCCCAGGCAGCUCUGUCCCAAACCCUGUCAGAGCUGCAGGGGACGCAGGCCAGACUGGAGGAGCUCCAAACUUCCAGUAAAGAGCAGACCCAGAAACUGGAGGAGGAGCUGAAACAAGCCUGGGCUGACAGAGAUGCUGCAGCCUGUUCUUUGGAGGAGUUGAUCUCCAGUCAUAAGAGAGUUCUGCAGGAGAAAGAGCAGCAAGCACUCCUCCUAGAGGAGAAAGAGCAGCAACUGCAACAAGAGGUUUUGCGCCUGCAGGAAGAGAAGACCUCGCUCAGAAAGAGCUCAGAAGAGGAAGUAGGUCAACUGUGGACCCAGCUGGAGAGCAUGAGGACUAGUCGUCAAGAGCUGGGAGAGCUUAAAGAGCAGCUGCUAGCUCGUUCAUCUCGUGUCGAUGACAUCGAAUGCCUGAAGAAAGAGUUUAAUGAACAAAAACGAGAAAUAAAAGAGCAGAAUGAGGCUGAGCUGGAAAAUCUGAGGAGGUAUUUUGAGAAACGAUUGCGUGCUACAGAGGAGAGCCACAAAGAGGAAAUUGCUCUGCUCCAGCUGAGGCUGGUAGAAAGUGCCUUGGAGGAAUCUGUGCUUAAAACCACAGAUGACAAUGGUGUGUCUCAAGGUCAAGCUGAAAUGGAAAAAGAUGUUCUUUCUGACACUGACAAACUGGAGAAACAGAAGGAAAUGCUCGAUACUCUGAGGCUUCAGCUGGAGGAGAAACACACAAUGGACCUUUCUGAUCUGCAGUCCUCUUUAACUCUCUCCUUCAAGGAAGAGCUGCAGCAGGUGCGCUCAGACCUCACUGACCAUUACUAUGAAGAGCUGCAGGAGAUGAAGACUCAUCAUGCCAUGGACCUGGAGCAGCUCAGAGCCAAACUUUCUGACAGUCAUCUAAGAGAGCUUACCAAAGUCAGUUUGGAGGCAGCAAGGCAGGUUGAGGUUGAGGUUGAACAGAGGAUAUGGUGUCACAGUGAAGAGCUGCAGACAAGAAUGACCAUCAUUCACACACUGGAGAACAGACUGGCUGCCUUGAAUCAGCAGCAUGAUGCAGAAAUGCAGAAGAGUAUGCAAAAGUUGAAACAGGAGUUUGCUGUUGAACUUGCCCAUCUUGAGGAAGCUCUGAAACAAGAGAGGGAGCAUGUGCAGGAGAACAUGAAGAGGCUAAGAGAAGAACUUCAAGAGAAGCAUGAAACUGAGGUCACUGCACUGAAGUCACACUUUGACAAAGAGAUGCAGGAGAAGACCUACGUUGAAGAAGCACUUCAUGAGGAGAAAUACAAGUCAAAGUCUCUACAGGCUGCACUGGACAACAAUGAGAAUCCACAGCAUGUAGUGGUGAGACAGUGGCUGGAGGCACCGUAUGAUAGUGAGCUGCAAAAGGCAAAGAGCUGCAUGUCUUCAGAAACCAAGGAACUCGCUGUUCUGUCUCAGGAGCAGGUUGAGGAGCGGCUACACCAAGCCCAAGAAAGGUUCCAAGAGGAGAAAGCAGCUUUGGAGCAGCAUUUGGUCCAGAAGUAUGAAGAGUCGGUGGCAGAAUUGAAGAACAAUUUUGAGGCCAAGCUGGAACAUGAGAGAGCAACACGACUGACCAAACACUCCCAAGAGAUGGACACACUUGAUGCCAAACACAAAGCACAACUAGAAUCACUCGGUGCCAGUCACAGAGAUCAGCUUGCAGCUAUGGCCGUUGAGCUUGAAUCCAAGCACAAUGCCGAGCUUGUUGCCUUGGAAGCAGCCCUCGGCUCCAAACGAAAGGAAGAUCUUGAAAGCCUGGAGGCCGUUCUUCAGGAGACCAGUCAGGCUCGACUGGAGGCUUUAGAAGCAGAAUUGUCUCGCAGGCACCAGGAAGAGAGAGAUCAGCUGGAAAAGAGGAUGCUGGGUAAUAUGGACACUUUGGAGGCCACUUACCUGAAGGAAGUGCAAAUGCUGCGGGAUCAAAUGGUUCAGCUUGAGGACAAACACUGUGAAGACCUGAACUGCCAGAAUUCAGAACAUAAGCAGCUGAUGGAGCGUCACAAUGCAGAGCAGCUGUCCAUCAGAGAGGAUAUGAGGAAAGAGCUGGCUCAGGUACACAUGGAGAAGUUUAGAGCCAUGGCAGCAGAGCUCAGCCACGUUCACAAGAGUGAACUGGCUGCUCAAAAGGAGGCCUUAGAUACUGAACACUGCAAAGCCCUGGAAACUCUGAAGAAGCAGGUUUUAGAACUCGAGCUUCAACACAGCACUGCUCUGCAGGAGCUCUCACGUUCUUUCACUGAUGAAAAAGAGCAGCUCAUCGAACAGCACCAACUCCAGCUACAGGAGCUGAAGGGAGUCUCUGCGCGAGAGUUGGAGGCAUGUCGCAGAGAGCUUGAAGAGGAGUCGUCAAGGCAACGACAGCACUUCCUAGAAGAGGUGGAGCUCCUCAAAGUCCAAUCAGAAGAGCGAAUGCAGGACAGGAUUAAUCAGUUGAAGACUGAGUUUGAAGAGCAGAAGGAGGCGGAGCUUGAAGACCUGAGGCGGAGCUUCACAUCUGAACAAGAGGAAAAGGAGCAGAGUUACACAGGCAAAAUGAGUCAACUCACUGCUCAGCUGCAGCAACUAGACGCUGUGGUGGCCCAGCUGCGGGCAGAGGUUGAGUGUCUGCAGGGAGAGUUGAAAGGAAAAUGUGCAGAGAUGGAAACUCUGGACACCCUCCUUCAACGACGGGAGCGAGAGAGUCAGGAGGGGGGCAACCUCCUGAAGAUGCUCACUGAUGACUUACACACAGCCAAAGAAGAAAAACGCAACCUGUACAAUGCAAAUGAAAAGCUGAAGAAGGUGCUGAUUGAGAUGCUCCGCAGCAUCACAGCAACAGAAGAACUGAUAGGACAAAAGCUCAGUGCCAGAAUCGAAACAUCUGAUCCGGCAGCUCAUCAGAGGAGCUCAACAGGGAACAAAGAUGCACAAGAAUCAGGUAUUUCAGUGGCAGACUUGUCAUCAGAGGACCUUGAUCUAACCCACCAACUCUGUGAGAGUCUGCUGGUUUCAGAUACGCAAAUCAGUCCUGGUGGAGAAGAAGCGACUCUAAAUUCUUGCAGCAGACUCCGUCAAACGGUAGAUGCACUGCUGGAGCUGCUCAACCAGGCCAAUUCACAGCUGGAGCAGACUCAUAAUGUCCACCUGUCUUUGGAACAAAAGUUCUCUCAGGGCAGAGAAGACUCCGCCCAGCUCCUUGAACAGCACAAACUCCUGUUGGAGCAGCUUGAUCAGGAGGCCAAGAUGAAGAGUCAACUCCAGCUGGAGCUCCACAAGGCAGAAGGCCUCCUGGAGGGCUACGUAGCUGAGAAAGCGGUCCUAGAAGAGUCUCUACAACAGAAGGAGACUCAAGAGGAGAGGCUGGUGGAGGAGCUGGAGGAUCUGAAGUUGAAGCUGCAGCAGAUGCAGAGCCUCACCGCGGAGCUGGACAGCCUCAGAGCGAAGCAUCAGGAGCUCAGUGAGGAACACACAUCUGUCUUGCGGCAGAAAGAGCAUCUUUCUGCUGGGCUUGGAGAGAGGGAGAAAGCUUUGCUGGGAGAGACGGAGCGUUUGACCCAAGAUAGGCUGGACUUGCAGCGGCAGGCAGAAAAGAGCCACAAAUCUCUGUCCAUGCGCCUCCGGACGCUGGAGAGAGAGCUUGAAGAGCAGGAAACCAAGGGUCUGGAGACAGAGCUACAUCACAAAACCCAUACCGAAGACCUUAAUCAGCGUGUCCAAGCACUGGAGAAACAGCUGAAACAUGACCGACAGUUUAUAGAGGAGCAGGCUGUGGAGCGUGAACAUGAGCGAGAUGAGUUCCAGCAGGAAAUACGCAGACUCGAGGCCCAAGUCAGACAAACAGCCAAUGUUGAUAACAAAGGACACAGGUUUGAGGACUUGGUUCUGCAGGUGGAGAGUCUGCAAGCUAUUAUCAAAGAUAAGACGGAGGACCAUGCCUCUUUGCUUGCAGCCAAUCAGCAAGCCCAGCGCGAUCUUGCAGAACGUAAUGAGGAGAUAGAUAAGUUAACUGGGCGAAUCAGAGAGUUGGAGCAAGCUUUGCUUAACACUGCUGAGAGUAAGGGAUCUGUCAGUCACCUGGAACAAGAACUCCACAGAGCAAAAUUGAGAGAACAAGAACUCACACAAGAUAAGCAGGCACUGGAGCAGCAGCAGCUGUCCAACAGGCUUCAAAUCUCAGCCCUUCAGUCCAAACUGGAUGAGACAAGACACGGUUACCAUGACAACGUGCAUGACCCCACCCAGGAGCUGAGGAAUGCCCUGGACACUGCUCAGCAGACUCUACAGAGCAAAGAGCAGGAGAUUGAGGUCUUGUUAAGCCAACUGGAGAAUGUGCAGAGAGACCUGAGCAUCAAAGAAGUUGAACUAAAGCAUCUCACACUACAGCUGGAGCUACUGACAAACAAGAAUGCAGAGCAUGUGAAUGAGCUACAAGAGCAGAUUUCUGCCCUGAAGGAGAAUGUGUCUGCCCUCACCAUCACCAAGGAGGAAAAAGAAGGAUGCAGUGAGGUGGAGGAAACGGAAGAAGAGACCUUCACCUCUGCACUUCUUCAGGAGAAAAACCAGGAGAUCGACCACCUUAAUAGCGAGAUCCAAAAACUAGAACAGGAGCUGGAGAAUGCUAGGGACAACAAGGCUCUGGAGGUUGAGCUCGAGGAUUUGCACUCACAGGUGGAACAUCUUCAGUCUGAAAUCACACGAGUGCGCCAGGACAAACAGGAAGAAGAGGAGCGCCUUCAUGAGGUCAUCAGUACUCUGCAGGCAGAACUCGCCACCUUGGGACCCAACCUGCAUGAAGUUAGCGACUCUCAGGAUGGAGACAGCAUCAAUCCCUCACCUGCUCCCAGCCCUGAACCUCACCACUACACCAUCCAAGAAGAGGAGAGGAGGGGAGGGCCAAACAGCCUGAGGCAUGAGCUCAAUCUGACUCAUUCUGCCUCCUCUCGUUCUCUCCGAUCUCGUCUCAAGGCCCUUCAGAGUCAGCUUGAGACUGCAGUGGCAGAGAAGGAGGGACUGGAGCGAUUACUGCUCACUCAGGAGGAAGAGUACAGAGGACAGGGGGAAGAGUUUGGAAAGAGGCUCAAAGCUGAGAGAGAAAAGUGUGAUGAACUGAAAGGUUUCCUCAUCCUGAAGGAAGCUGAGCUGGAGGAGGUCAAAGCCCAGGCAGAAGAAGAGAGGAAGAACAGGAAACUGUCAGAGGACGACAGGGACAGUUUGAAAGUUCAAGACGAAGAGGUAAAGGCUCUACUCGAGGAAAAGGCCCACCUCAACUCUCUGGUUUUGGAAUUGCAAAAGAAUGAAGAGGAGAGAGCAGGACGUCUUGAGGCUCUAAAAACAAAGGAGCAGGAGAUGAAAAUAGAAAUGGAGGUUCUCAGAGAAACCAGUCUCACUCUUGAGAGGCAAGUCCAGGAGGUAAGAGCUGAGGUGUUGGACAUGGAGGAACUGGUUGCUGAGGAAAGGACAAAAAUUACGACUCUUGAGACUGUGAAGGGAGAGCUCUCUGCUGAACGUGAGGCGCUGAGGAAGAGGGAGGGUCAGCUCCAGGAGGAAAUUGAAAGGCUGAGACAAGAAGGGACUUCAAUGAGAGCCGUCAUCCAGGAGCUGACGGUUAAGCUCAGUGAAAAAGAAACUGGUCAAGAGGAGGCACAGAAGGAAGUGCUGACCCAUGCCGAGGCGACCCUGGCUAAAGCAGACGCUGCCUUGAGAGAAAAGGAGGCUGAGCUCACCAGGCUGAAGGCAGAAGUACAGGCUCUGAGAGCUGAGCUGACUGCAGUGAAACAGGGACUGAGUACCAGCACAGAAAGGGCUGAGAAACUCCACGAGGAAGGACAGACCAAAGACUGUGCUCUAAUUGAUCUGGAGACUGACAACCAGCGACUGAAGGCAGAACUUCGAACUCUUCAGGAGGACUUGGCUAUCCAGGAAGAGGAACUAGCCUAUCAGCAAAGAGAACUACAGCAACUCCGACAACAGUGUCAUCAGGACACGCUUCCUCACCACCAGGAAUACCCACAGAAGGAUAUUUCCCAGAGAGUAUUUGAGGAUGCUGUGACUGUCUCUCGAGAUGAAGCCUCUCUGAACUCUCCAGAGGUUUUAAGGAGACUCGAAUGCUCUGAGGACAGAAUUCCAGAACGGUUCCACAACUCUGUGCUCGGUUCUCGCCUGUCUGAGCUCAGUGGUCUGAACAGCACAGGCCUGGAUCUCCCCCAAGUCAAAUUGUCUCCCAGAGUUAUAAUGGAGCCUCCACACUCAAGGACCAUCACCCCAGAUCCAGCCACACAGAGUACCCACUCCCCAGGCUCUUUAUCGGUGUCUGACAACUUUUCCGUGCUCGAUUCACUGGAUGCUGACAAAGUACGUGAGUUGGAAGAACUUGACCUAACCACUCCUCCAUCUCCACUUGGCUCCACCUCUUCCUUGUCGGCACCAGAAUGGGCCAGUGAUGGAUAUGGCAGCAAUGUGAGUUCAGAACUGGGUGCAAGGCUGAGAGUGGAGCUGGAACAGACUGAAAGGUUGGACGCUCAGUUUAUUGAGUAUCUCCGCUGCAGAGGAAUGAACCCCACUGCUAACACAGACAGUGCUGCAGGCAGCAUGAGCUACAGCGACGACCUGUUGUCACCUGAGCUCCAGGGCCUGCUGAAGAAAGUGUAUCAAGAAAGCUGCAGAAUUCUCACUUUGUCCCAGCGUCGUGCCACUCCAUCAAUCCAGCCUCGUGUUGUAGACUUGAAAGCCCUCUCAGUGAGUCAGACGCAGCAUCAUUCUGAAGAUAACUCCGCUCCACUGGACCACCGAGAUAAAUCAUUAUCUAAUCCCCCCAUGAACUGGCAGCAGGAGAAGAGAGCACUGCAGGAGACCGUGAUCGCUCUCCGAGAGUUGCUCUGCCGAAUGGCACAGAGACACACACACACUGACUACAGAGGCGAAGACAACUGGCAAAGAGAUCAGCUACAAAUUGAUGGACGUCUUGAAUCCCAACUGAGGGCUGAGCUGGAGGAGAGCAAGAAACAAGUGAAAUGUGCCCAUGACACACAACAAGAGCAAAAGAACAAAAUACUGUCCUUGAGGCUGAUGGUAGAAGAGGGUGAGGAAGCUUUGAGGAGGGAGCAGGCGAGAGUCCAGGAGCUUCAACAGGAACUGGAACAGGAGAGAGUGAUGAGUCUCCGUAAAGACAUAGAGGAGGAGGAUAGGAGAGAGGCUGUACAGGUGUCAUCUGAGCAGCAGAGGUCAGAGGUCAUGUGUCUGAAGGGUCAGGUGGAGCAGGAGAAAGUGGCCUGCAGCAACCUGAGACGAGAGCUUCAGAUUGAACAAUCUCGCAGUGGACUGUUAGAGAAACGCCUUGAGGACACCCAGAAGGAGCUAGAAGACGAACACAAACGUUCAGCCCACCAACAAGAGCUCAGCUUGCAAGAAAAGACUCGUCUUGAGCGUCUCCUGACUGAAGCAGAAUCUCGCUUGACUGAGAUUCACUCUAAGCUUGCGGAUUCUUACAGGAAGCUCGAUGAAGAGCGAGACCGCGGCUCCAGGCAGGUGGAUGAGCUCGGCCGCAGACAUGAGGCCGAUGCAGCCAGAGACAGGAAGUUCAUCUCGGACUUGCGCUCCCAGCUAGAGCAGGAGCGAAGGCAGGGGGAGGAGCUGGCAGCUGUGACGGACAAACUGAGGGCCGAGCUUCUGCAGAGCCGAAGGAAGUGGGAAGAUGAGGACAGAACGAGGAGGGAGGAGCUUCAGAGGGAGCAGGAGGCCGCCACCCGACAUCGUGUUGCUGUGGAGACUUUGAAGGAGCAGAAGCAGGAAGCAAGCCGUGCUUUAGAGGUGGAGCGAGAGCGGUCCAGACGCCAAGGGACGGAACUCACAGAGCUGAAGGAGAGACUCCGUCUACUGAAGGACAAAGAGAGGGAGAGGGAGGAACAGUGGGAGAGGGAGAGGAGGAAGGGGAGGCAAGAGCAGAUGGAGAGGGAGAGGCGACACGAGAGGACCAACAGCAAACUGUGUGAGUUGGAGUUGUUGAGGCAGCAGGACCAGCAGCGCAUGCAGGAGCUGCAGCGCACUCUGGCAGAGCUGGAAAGAGAGGAGAGACAGAUGGCUGCUGAGAGGAUGUCUGGACGGGCAACAGGACAGCAACAUAAAGCUACGUCCUCACAUCUCCACAGUCACCUCCAGACUGAUGGGGCCCAGGCAGGAGUCUCUCAAACGCAGCAGAUGGCGUCCACGUCGUCAUCCACCCUGUUAGAGACGUUAUUGAAGGAGAACUCUGAGCUGACGGAGCGUGUGACGUCACUUAGCCAGGAGAGAGCCACCUUCAAACACAGACUAACCUGCCUGGAGCGACAGCUGCGUACCACUGAGAAUGAGCUCGCCAAGGUCACCUCAGAAACAGAAAACAGACCCAUCAAUGAUGUGACCAACAGCUCCAAGGUGCAGCGUUUAUAUGAGCGCUACCUGCGUGCUGAGAGCUUCAGGAAAGCUCUGGUGUACCAGAAGCGUUACCUGCUGCUGCUGAUCGGAGGAUUCCAGGACUGUGAGCAGGCCACACUGUGUCUCAUCGCUCGCAUGGGAGCACGACCCUCACCGCCUCUCUCCUCCCAGCGCAGACCAUUUGGACGAUUUAGGGCUGUGGUACGAGUCGUCAUCGCAGUGUCAAGAAUGAGAUUCCUGACCAGGAAAUGGCAGAAAUCUAUCAGAAGGUUGUCAUUAUCUGGGACUGUCAAUGGGCACGCUCCAGGGCCGAAAGCUGAAGUUUUAAGGCAGCAGCAGCAGCCGAGAUCAAAUCCCAGCUCACCACAGACCAGAGACAGUCAUGCCAUCCACAGAGAAACUAUGUCAUCUCUCAUUCCACCCAUCAAAUCACCUUUUCGGUUGCACAACAGGUCAUAUCCCAGUACCACUCUGGCUUCAGUGCAUUCAGGUGGAGCGUCUCUGGAUCCAGAGCGAUCCCUGACAGAAUAUAUCCAUCAUUUGGAGAAAGUCCAGCAGCGGUUGGCGGGAGCCAGACAAGUAAGCGAGACUCAUUUAGCCUCGCCCCCUAAAGAGGACAAGAGGAUACAGUCAGCCUGUUCCCCAGAUAUGAUGGGUUACCGGCAGCGCUGGCUGCAGGAGAAUAGGACGUGGCUGUACCUGAGCUGCUUGUCGCCCCUUUACCUGUACGGUCCAGGUCCGUCUGCUCUCCAUCCCGACCCAAAGUAGUCCCACCACUGAAGGAUUGAACUUUGCCUACCUGCAUAUUGUUCCAAACCUGUCCAUGCCUUACCCCAUGUAGAAAUGUGUAGAAAGGAAUAUUAAGCGCGUUGACUUUUUUUAAUCACGUCAUUUUUUAUAACUAUAUAAAUUAUUUUUUAAUAUUUUCAGAUGUAAGUUUUAUAUUCUCUGUACCUCCAGAUUUUGAAGAACACUCUUGAAAUGCUGCAAGAACAAAUGUUCUGUUUUUUGUUUUUUUGAAUAUUGCUGUUUGUUAUUCUUCUACUGAUGUUUUAUAUGUUCUGUGCUUUGUAAAUAGGGCAGAUGUUCAUUGUACACGCGUCCAAAUGUGCACCGUUUUUUUUAUUAUAUUGAAGCCAAGAACAUAACUAGUGGCUGCAUAGUUGCAUAAAUCUGAACCAUAUGCAUAUUUUGUAUUAUCUCUGCUUCUACCAUAAAGUUAAUAAAUCUUUUAAAUAUGUGAUUACAAACUAAA